AUGGGACGCGACGAUGGAAAUGACAAGGAAAAAGAGAAUUCGGAUUGCGACUCGAAGAGCACUCACGACCCGGACAUAGCUUCUGAUUCGGAAGGAAGAAUAAGUCGACAAGCGUCAUGCUAUGCAACCGAGGAUGACGAGGAUUUGAACAUCCAGCUUGGACCCAAAGUUAGCAUCAAGGAACAUCUGGAGAAAGAUAAGGAUGAUGAGAGCUUGAGGAGGUGGAAGGAACAACUCCUAGGAAGUGUGGAUGCUGCUGCUGUUGAAGAGGAUCAAGAGCCAGAUGUGAAAAUAUUGAGUCUGACAAUUUUGUCCCCGGGAAGAGCAGACAUAGUGCUCCCAAUACCUGAGAAUGGGAACCCUAAAGGGUUGUGGUUCACACUCAAAGAAGGUAGUAAAUAUCGGCUUAGAUUUUCAGUUAAAGUUAGCAACGACAUCGUUUGUGGCCUCAAAUACACCAACACUAUCUGGAAAACUGGAAUCAAAGUGGAUAGCUCGAAGCAGAUGCUCGGAACAUUUAGUCCUCAGGUGGAGCCGUACACGCAUGUCAUGGAAGAAGAGACGACUCCAUCUGGGAUUUUCGCCAGAGGAUCAUAUUCUGCAAAAUCGAAGUUUGUUGACGAUGACAACAAAUGCUACUUGGACAUCAACUACACCUUUGAUAUUCAGAAAGAUUGGCCCUCCAAAUAA